GGGGGGGUACGUAUAUAUCAACAAAAAUGUAGAAAUGUUGUAGGGCCGAAAAAAGCUAGCCUUUGCUUGCAAACAAAUAUUUUCUCUCAAAAGGGGCCGGAUCCCCCACCCCCCCUGAUCUGCCACAAUUAAAUAAAUUCAUCAGUGUGGUAUUCGCCUUUAUAUACAUUUUUCAUAAAGAGAAAGAUGCAGUUUGCAACCAAUUCAUGCAUAGACGUUAUCAUGGAAUCGAAAAUAAUGAAUCAAACUGUCUUUCGGCCAUAGAGAGAGAAUGGAGCUGUUAUCCAAUCAGUAAAUUUGUGUUUCAACUCUAAUAAAUACUCUUUCCUGUAUAACGAAUGGGAUGAAAAAAUGACGAGAGCUCAUAAAUCAUUCAAUCGAUCCAAUUCACCUGAACUAACUCAUCUAAUUAUCGCCGGCCUCGCGUUCCGCAUGGAUUAAUUAUCUGAUGCGACAGUCACACCCAACGAAGCCGAUUCCAAAACCGACCGAUCAUGUCAUUCGAAAUAACAAUAUAAUUGUGAUCGAUCUAGACUCGGAUCGGUUAGUUUGUCGGUAGCAUAUAAUAGCUUUAUUUAUCCCCCGAGAGACAAUAUUGAUAGAGUCUGUACUCAAUCAUCUCAUUUAUGGCGUAUAAUUCGAUUCGGAUCGGAGUAUUGAGAGCCUUUUAAUUACGUAACCAUCGUGUGACGUCAUGAAUGCAGGGCAAGCAAUGUUGCUAUGAGAGAUGCUGCUUGAUCUCAGUCGAGAUAGGUAAUUAAGGAGAGAAAAUAGGAAAAUUAUUAAAAGAAGGAUUGAACGUUCUGCUCUGUACGUCUCCUAAUUCGUGAGCAAUGGGGCAAAGGUUGUAUUUACACAUUUUGGGCUUAGCCUAAUAAAAUGUCCUCGGGAGUCUCUGUUUUGUAAGGUACAUUAUUGGCGAGUUUAUCUGAAUGGAUUAUUGUUGGUUUGUAGUACUGUUGGAUAAUACCCUUAUUAUGGUAUGACGUUUUCAUCUCAUCUUUUCAAUCUGCGAUCAGGGUGUGCACGUAUUCGGCAGGUUUAACGAAAUUGUAAAAUAAUUUUGCUAUUAUAUUUGCUGCGAUGGCUUCGUUACCUCGAAUGGAUCAAAGUGGUGAUCAAACUGAUUCUCAUGCUUUUGAUUGUUUUGUUUUCGAAGAGUUGUUUUGAAUAACUCUGGCAGAAACCUCGUUCGACAACGCCGUUGACGUAAUGUUCUACGAUAUAAAGAUGUGACCUAUAUAUUGACUGUAUUCUAAAAAGGCAAUGAAACUCCAAUAAUUUGUAGAAGGAGAGUCAGCCAUGGCUAAUUUCUGAUAAGUUGCAGUGGAAGAAUUAUAGAACAUUUCUUUCGGAUUGACUGACGGCAACCACAAUGGAAGGGUCUAUUGCAUAUUACGGGCCAACCUAUCAAUCCGACAGAGGGCAUGGGACACCGAUCAUUGAUCAAAUGACGUUAUCAUCCAAUACGACCUCUGAUGAUGACAUCACAGAUUAUCAACCAUCCAUCGCGUGGUUGGCCAUCGUACCGCUCGUCGUGGGGACGAUCACGAUCGCCACGGUGGUCGGCAACGCACUCGUGAUGGUGGCUUUCUGCAAGGAUCCCCGCAUCCACAGCCGCGUCGCCAGCCUGCUCAUCUUAAACCUCGCCAUUUCUGAUUUCAUCAUCGGAUUAGUGGUGCUCAGUGUUAACCUUUCUUGGAUCACGUGGAACGAGUGGCUUGGCGGGGAGUUCUGGCUUCUCGGUGAAGUCUUCUGCAAGAUAUGGCUGAUCAUCGACAACACGGCCACAUUGUUGUCCGUAUUCACGAUCAUCCUCAUCAGCCUCGAUCGCUACUGGCUGCUCACAAAGAAACUCCAUUAUCAGACUUUCCAAACGCGGAAGCGUGUCUUGGUGACGAUAACCAUCCUUUGGGUCUCAACCGCGGUUGUCUUCACCAUCCUUGCGGUCGGUUGGCCGUACUUCACCGGUGAACGCAACGUCGAUUUCAGUAAAGAAUGUGAACUAGACAUGGCUUACAACGUAUACGCUACAAUCGCGCUGUUGAUUUGCGAGUUCAUUAUACCUCUCAUAAUCGUUAUUGGUCUGAACAUCGCAGUUUAUAUUAAAAUAAGAAAACGAGCAGAGGGCUUGAGUCAAUUGAAGACAAGAAGUGUAGAUCAUUCUAAACGAGAACAGAAGGUAGAUACAGUAGAAAUGAACCGGUUACCAUCUCCUAUCGAGUCUCCAGUUUCUUUAUCCCAUGUCAGUCUAGUAAACACAUCCGCUUCGAACCAUGAACUACGAGAACAAGUCAACGAAUCAUCUUUUGUCAACGGUGAUGUCAAAGACUACCAAACGAUGCCUUGCAACCGCGAACUUUCAAAGACUUUGAACAGCGUAGCAGAAGCGCAGAAACGCAGACGGGAGUUCGCGCGUCAUCGACGCGCAGCGACAGUCCUUGGAAUUUUGGUGUCAGUGUUCAUAGCGUGCUGGCUCCCAUAUCAAAUUGCAAACAUCGUAAACGCCAUUUGUGACGAGUGCAUAUCGGAUCUUGUCUGGGAAAUAGUAAAUAAUAUCUUGUGGUGCAAUUCGUUCAUCAACCCUUUCUUAUACGCAGCCACCAACGUUCACUUCAGGAGAAAUUUCAUUAUUCUGCUUGGGCUUCGUAAGUGCCGAUGUUUCAGAGCAACCAUGCAGGUGGAAGCUCGACCAAGCUCAACGGUUGAACAAAUCAGACCGAGAUAUCGUAAUACGCAAGAAAAGUAAUAAGAUAAUUGGCAUCAUUUAACAGCACUCCACCAUAACUGCGUGCUGAUAACACUAUUAACAGGACCACUGUGAGUCAUCUGAAAGCCGAACCAUAUCUUGAUCCAAUGACUGGAUAUAAAAGCAUCGAUUUGUAAACUAAUAUUAUUUUCUAAUUAAUGGAACACUGAAUAAAAGCAGAUUUACAUUACAUCUCUUUUUGCUAUAUCUAAAUCUUCAGUGGUGUAUCGGGGGUUGGGGUGGUGGGGGUAAAUUGCCAAUUCGUCCACUGCCAACUCGUCCAAUCACCACAUGGUCUACCUUCAUUUAGUCUAAAGCCAUUCCGUCCAUCAACAUUUCGUCUAACAACCAUUUGGUCUAAUCAUCACUUCGUCUAAUCACCAUUUUGUCUAUUACCAAUUUUUCCAAUAACCAGUUGGUCUAAUACCCAUCUUCUUUUUAUUCAUUUUGCACAAUUAACACUUUAGUUUAAUUAGACCAACUGGUAUAUGGACUAAAUGGCUAUUGGACCAACUGGUUAUUACACGGAAUGGCAUUAGACUGAAUGAAAGUAGACCAUGUGGUGAGUAGACCAAAUGGUAGUAGACAAGUUGGCAAUUGGAUGAAUUGGCAUUGGAAAUAAACCGUUGGGGGGGGGGGCACAACAAUUAAAAAAAACAUGAAAAAUGGAAGGAAAUUGAAAAUACAAUUUUUCCUUGGAAAUUUCAUCUCAUGAACGAACUGAGAAGCUACCAAAUAAUCGUCUUGAUUUUUGCCCUUGCCCCCUCCCUUCACAACUCAGUUUUAGACAGCCCCCCCUCCCCUCUCUCACAUGGUUUUUACUCGACUUGCAGUUGAUCUACCCAUGCAUAUGGGCCCCGUCUUACAAAGAGUUACGAUUGAUCUGAUGAUCAAUCACAACUAUGGACGGCCAGCAAUGUCAACAUCUAUUAUGCAUGUUUGUUCAAAAUAUUUUCUAGCUAUGAUGUAUAUUCAUGCAUUCAUUGUUUUUUAAGAUUCACUGCGCUUCUCUUUGCAUACAAAGGACAUUGUGCAAAUCUUUCAUUGAAAAAAUUAUGAUAUGGUUGGAUUUCCAUAGAGUUGCGAUUGAUCGGAUCAAUCGUAACCCUUUGUGAGACAGGGCCAUGGUCUAACUAUCAAUUUUGUCUAAAAGCUUUUUGGUCUUCUCCGUAAUUGAUCUACUACCCACCUAGUCUAAUUGUCAGUCUAAAAUUGCAAUUCUAUUUUUUGCCCCCAAAUCGAUCGUAAGUUUUGAAAUGUAUUACCAAUUGGCGAUUGAUUUCUAAUCUGCUUCUUAAAACAAGCAGUAUGAUCUAAUUUGUUACAGUUAAAAUGGAUCCAUCAAUUGUAAAAUUGCAACAGAAUAUUUGCAAUUGAUUGCAAAUAUUUUCUUUUUAACACCCCCUAAUGCCAAUUUGGUUUGAUCUCCAUUUCGUCUACUAUUUCAUGCUUUGUUAAAUUGAAAUUCGCUUCAUAAACAGUGCAUCUAACCAGAUUGACUAAACAGAGUUAGAUAAAAUGGGCAGGCAGAGACUUACUCGAAAUUAGACAGAAUGGUAACUGGACAACAGUUGGAUCAAACGGCUAAAAGAUGAACUGGUUAUACAUGAAGAUGAAUUAGGAUUAGACCAUGUGGGAUGAGACCAAAUGGGCCAAAAGAUACUGGGCUCCGUCUUACAAAGAGUUACGAUUGAUCCAAUCAAUCGCAACUAUGGACGGCCAGCAACGUCAACAUCUAUUUUGCAUGUUUGUUCAAAAUAUUUUUUAACUCUGAUGUAUAUUCCGUGCGUUUAUUGUUUUCUUGAAAAUUCACUGUGCUUCUCUUUGUUUACAAAGGGCAUUGUGCAAAUUUCCUGAAGAAAAAAAUUAUGACACUGAUGGAUUUCCAUAGAGUUACGAUUGAUUGGAUCAAUUGUAACUUUUUGUAAGACGGGGCCCAGCACAUUUUUCUGUGAAACUUUACACCCUGUACACUAAAACACAAUUUGUAAAAAAAUUGCAGUUAUAGUUUUUAAUAAUUGUUUUGUACAUUUCGCCUUUCGUAAAAUGAGAAACAGUAAAUAGGGGCUAAAAAGUGGAUUACCUUCUCAAAACAUACUGUUAAAGUGUAGAAAUUCACAAUAAAAUUUUGACAGAAAAUUUCUGAAAUUGCUA